AUGAGAAAAAAAAACCAACCCACGUCUCUCCACAGGGAGAAGACUUCCCCUGUGGAGAGACAUGGUGGAGAGACACGACGCGGACGAUGGCCAUUGCCCCAGGCCACGAGCCAACAACAGGGAGCCGAUGAUGACAACCGGCCGAAGCCGACUCGCACGGCCACGAGGAACCCACUCAAGCGUGCAGGAGAGUCCAGGACAGGGCCGGCCAGCGUGGGUUCCGGCAAUGGGUCGGCUUUGGUUCACCACUCAAAUGUCCCCGGGCAGCCGAGGGACCGCAAGUCUGGAGAUCGGGAUGACAUGGUGGCAAAACUCGGCGAGAUGUCCCGGACUCUACAUGCUGGCCGAAGGCCGAGUCGUGGCUCGGGAUCGGGCCAGGCACUCCGGAUUGUUCGCGCUGGCUUCAUGCCCGAUGUGUGCCCCGGUGAGCUUCACACCCCAACUCUCCGCGUCAGGGGGGAAAACUCUGGAGAGCGAAAGUGCGGAGUCCGGAGGCCCAAAACCGGCUUUACACGUGUCGUCGAGGUUGACUCCCAGGGUCUUCUUCCGAAAUUCCCUGUGUCCUAUUCCGCCAUCACGGUCGAUGAUUCGGUCGGUCUUGACAGACUCAGCGCAGGGCACCCCAUCAUCAUCCCCUUUCAGAGGCGCCCCUCUGGUAGCGAUGGGCCCCGCCGUGCGCCUCCGUCUCAGCAGAGUCUUACGAUCCCAUUCUAG